AUGGUCUGUUCGCCGACCCACGUUUUUAUAAGGUAAUCAAAUGGACUGAAAAUUCCGGAGCCUGGAUAUGAUGUUGAGCUGGCUGGAUAUGGCGACAUGUGCUUGAGAUGAUUGCCGAACGGACUUCAAGGAUUCAGAUUUUCAUGCUUUAAAUGUAUUCCUUUAAUGUUAUAGAAACGCUUAGUAAAUUUCUACUGAGCAUAAAACUGUAACGGACCGGGAUCGAAGCAGAAGGCAUGCAGUUUGGAGGCGAGAUUCACCAAUGAAGUUAGCACUGCUAGCCGAGGUUUGGUAAAAUUCCACGGUGUGGAUUUUGCACAUGGUGAUUGUCUGACCUGUGAACUCUCUCGGAGGUCGCACGAAUUUCUACUCAUUCGUACCAUAUUGAAUGGAACUUUAUCCGGUAAGACACGUGCUUGAACCGUGGAAGGCGGCGCCACUAUCUCCACUGGAACAUAAUUAGUUCUUCGGAGUUGCCAUCAGUUCAAACAAGCCGCGAGAACGCCGUAGAUUUGUCGAGUAAAUUCAUCACAACCUAAACCAACCGUCCGAGUCCACUUGAGCCUGACGUGUGUGUGUUGUGCUCGCCGGCGCGUACCGCGUGUGGAGUGCUCGGCAGCCGGCGGGCGAGGCAGAUCAGACCAGAUCGUCAGAUUUGGCCAUUUCUCAUCCAUUUCAGCAAACUCUCCUUUGUGAUUAUUAGUACCCUUGAGACACCAUCUCUUUGGCUUUCAUAUUUAAUACCUUUGUCGUUGGUUUGUUUAAUGAGUGAAAGUUGAAUCAAUAUUUCAAAGUACCAUUACUCACUACCAACCCAUUCAUUUCCUGAUUCCAAACUUCCUGGGACCCUUUUGUGGGAGUGUUACUUCCAUGAGAAAACAGUUCUACAGAAAGCUUUGCAGUUAGUUUGACAGACUCAUUGUUUGUAUUCCCCAAUACUGGUAUUGACUUUCAUUUGCUUUUCAAAAGCAUUUCACUAAGUUAAAACAGUUAAGCAAAAGCUGUGUCGUGGAACCAAGGGACUAAAAUAUGGCAGCAGAGGUUGCCAAGCAACCAAGCUACAGCAGUGUGGUUCAGGAGCAAUCUGAACCGGCCAAAGCUGUGGACACUCAUCCGAAAGUGUCCGCAAUGCGGCCGGACGUCAACUCCACAGAAUCGAAAGAAAACGUCAAACCUACAGUGCCGGAUAAAAACGCGGAAACGGCCGACGGGGAACAGAACAGAACAGAGGAGAACGAUGCUGAUGUUGCCAAGCAGCAGUAUGUGGAGGCGCCCCCACCAAAGGUUAACCCUUGGCAUAGGAACAACACAAACGCUGUUGCGGUGGAUCCCAUUACACAAGAAAAGGAAAAACCUCUCGAAAAACCACAGGAUGUGAAGACUAAAAGCCUCUCAAACAACACUCAUGUCGCAAACGUGAAGAAGGCCAACAGUGACGCAAACAGGAAGCCGCCUCCAAAAAGUGAAAAAGAAGACAAAACAGAGAAGAAGUUCAUCAUCGAGGAAGCGCCGCCACCCAAAGUGAACGCAUGGACUAAAAAUAAAGCUGCUGUUGUAACUACGGCAGCUUCCAUCGCGAGCGCUCCACCUCCAAAGACAGUUGAUGCCGAGGCGUCUGCGACUGCUGCAUCCACGACUGCGUCCACGACUGCGACUAGUACAUCCCCGACCAUGGCUGCAUCUGCAAUACCAACAGCUCCACCUGUUCCUCCGGUCGUAGCGAAGAGUGACAACAAGAUGGCACAACCCCCAACACAGCCUGAGCAACAACCUGUGACGCACACUCAGGCAGCUGCAAAACCCAAAACACUGUCAAAAGAUGAAAGUGGUUACUUCCCCAAAGCGACCGUGGUCAAAGCUUCCAAUGACAAGAACACAGUGGCAAGCGACUUCAAUGAUCUCACAAGCUGGCCUUCCUUGGGUGGCGGCCCACGAGUCAAGAAAGAGACGCCAGUGUCUCCAAGAGCAAAGGAGCCUACAAAAUCCGAUCCUCCCUCUAAGAAGGACAUCCCUGCUGCCAAAAAAGAGCCUCCCGCCAAGAAGGAGACGGCGACCCAGUCCAAGGGACGGGAGAUCAAGAAGUCCCCCGCCAGGGAGGCUCGGGCUCCCAGAGCUCCUAAAGAGGAAGCUAGCAAGUCAGCGGCAGGGCCUUCCAAGACCUCUGAGUCCAGGUCCUCUGAAAGGCGGGACAGGGACAAAGACAAGAAGAAAGAUAAGAAGCCCAAGUGGAUCCCGCUUCCGUUGGACCCACCCGAACACCGGAGCAAAGGCCGGGACAGAGACCGAGACCGAGACAGGGACAGGGACAGAGAAGCCAGGCAUGCACCAGCCCGCAGCAGCGGCGGCGGUAGGGAUAAAGACAACAACAGCAGGGAGAAUAACGCCACUGCUCCUCACCGGGACCGGCGGGAGACGAGAGAGAAGCGCGAAGGCAGGGAGUCGGUGGAUUCACCGCGGCACGUCAAGGAGGCUGGCAGCAAAGGUGCAAACUCAGCCUCCUGGCGAGAGGAGCGUAGCCAGAGCCCCGGGGCCUCCAGCAAUGACAGUCGGAGCUGGUCUCGUGGGGCCUAUCGGGGUCGCGGUAGGGGCAGAGGUCGUGGGAGGGGUCGUGGUGGCCGCGGCGGGGGCUACUUCCGGGCUGCCGAGCCUUGGACCAGCCCUGCGGUGGAAGCUGUUGAUGCAGUUACAGAUGCAGCCUUCCUAACCCCCCAGCAGUACUUUGAGCCGGGGGAGUUUGAUGCGCCGUUCAUGACCUUCCCUCCCUACCUGUACGAUGGCUCUUUGUACCCCGGGCCCAUGCCGCUGGAGCCUGACCAGGCCACACUACGAGACUACGUCAAGAAACAAAUUGAAUACUACUUCAGUGUGGAGAAUCUCGUGAAGGAUCUCUUCCUACGGAGAAAGAUGGACUCUGAGGGAUACCUGCCCAUAAGCCUUAUUGCCAGCUUCCAUCGAGUGCAGACGCUAACGUCAGACAGCAUAAUUAUCAUGGAGGCUCUAGCGGACAGUGAGGAGGUUGAACUCUCGCCGGACCAGACCAAGAUCCGACGACGUGACGACCCCAAGCAGUGGAUCAUCACGGGCCCCGCCAUCCCCACAGCAGCCACCUCGGUGCUGUCCUACGACAGUCCAGAGUUUGUCCCCGGCAAGCCAUACCCAUAUGUGUCACACGACACAGAGUCAGCACCCACAUCCCCCACCCCUGCUCCCAGCAACAAGGAAGCAGAAGGCGCUCCGGUCAGCGACAGCGAGUCCAAACCGGUCCCGCUAGAGCGGAAAGACAGCAGCGGAGGGGUCAGCAUGACCCCAGGGCUGUCCACCAGCCUGCCUGAGAAGGAGUCCAGCAUCUGGACCGAGGUCCGCAGGAGACACCGCAGCCCCGCGGCACCCAAAUCAAAGGGUUCUGCUGCUCAAGAGCAGGAGUCGGAACUCUUUGACGGACAGGAAGAACUGGACUUUCAGUUUGAUGAGGAACUCACUAACAUCACUGGCAGCGGAAGGAAAAACACCUUUUCCGAAUGGUCCGACGAUUCAGACGACGAGCUGACAGACCAUGAGGUCAGCAAGAUCAUCAUCCUGACCCAGACCCCACCCUGCUACAAGAAGCACCCUGGCGGGGAUCGAACCGGGUACCACGUCUCGCGGUCCAAGAUCACCAACGACCUGGCGAAGAUCAUCAACGACGGACUGUAUUACUAUGAGAUGGACUUGUGGAAUGAAGACGACUUGAUCAAGAAUGAAUUCGUCUACAAGAAGAUCAACACCAUCAGUCAAGAAGACUUCUCGACCCUGGCCCCGACCAAGCUUUACGAGGAGCAGGAGGUGCCCCCGGCCCCACCCUUGGUCCAGCCCAAGGAGGAGGAAGGGGCGGCGGCCGGGGAAGGCAAGAAGGAGCCGGACGUCAGACCAAAGGAAACCCCAAGCAAGAGUAUCCCCGCAAUGAGCGUGAAGCCGGAGCGACAGAUAUCCCAGUCUCUCCCCACGGCUGUGCCCGAGGCCGCCCUCCAGCGCGGCCGGGAGGCCGUGCGACCCAAGGGCUCCCGCACCCCCCGCACCCCACGGGCCAAGGAUGCCCAGAUGUCACCAAGGUUCUACCCCGUCAUCAAGGAUCAAAAGCCCAUUGAUAACAAGACACCAAGGAAACGCAAGACCAAACACAGCGACAACCCGCCAGUAGAGAGCCACGUGGGCUGGGUCAUGGACUCCAGGGAACAUCCUAGCAGAUCAAGGAAUACAUCCGUCGGGUCCCCCUCUGAGAGUAGCCUAGUUGGCUCAAGCUACGGCACUCCACAGCCGAUACCCAAGUUUGAGCAUCCUUCCCACGAGCUCCUGAAAGACAACAAUUUCACCCAGCACGGCUACCACAAGUACCAUCAGAAAUGCCUGAAAGAUCGCAAGAAGCUGGGCAUCGGCAAGUCCCAGGAGAUGAACACCCUCUUCCGCUUCUGGUCCUUCUUCCUGCGCACCAACUUCAACCGCAAGAUGUACCAGGAGUUCCGCCAGCUGGCCGUGGAGGACAGCAAGCACGGCUACCGCUACGGCGUGGAGUGCCUCUUCCGCUUCUACAGCUACGGGCUGGAGAAGAAAUUCCGGCAGGACAUCUUCAAGGACUUCAUGCAGGAGACCAAGAACGACUACGGCUACGGUCAAUUGUAUGGUCUUGAAAAAUUCUGGGCUUUCCUGAAGUACACUCGCAAGAAGAACCUAGAAGUUGACCCUGAGCUGAAGGAGACGCUGCAGAACUACAAGACACUAGAAGACUUCAGAGUACUGCCCCCGAUUGGCGAGACUGAACCAAGCGAGGGCGCUGUCGGAGGUGCCGAAGCGGCCGAAGCCAGCUCCGCCACAUCCAGCAAGAGACCAAAGCAACAGGACAAACAGUCGUCCUCGACUGCCAAAAACCCAACCCCUGAGGGCGCUACAGGAGGUCCAGAAGACUCGUGAGGUCAAAGGUCGGGGGUUGGGGUGGGGCGGGGCGGGGCAGCAGCGAGGGGCUGGGGGCAAAACGUUGGGGGAAACAACACGGGCUGAAUCUUGAAUCCGGGGUCUGAAAAAUCUGGGUGGCAACCUGUGAUGCAAGUAAUGUGUUGCAGGAUCAAUUGUAACAUUUUGAGGGGUGGUGUCCAUGUCUUGAAGGCCUGCCUCUUGUAUCCUGCGUCACAUGUUGUGUGUCAUGCUGACAUGCCUUAUGGAGGCAGGGCCCAUGGGUCCAGGUUUGCAGCAUGUACUUGUGAAUGUCACAUAUGUUACCCUGUGGAAUGCUGCAAUCCAUGUCGGGCAUGACAUUGCCUGUUAUUAGAAGUCCGUUAAAUUUCAGACGGCCUAACCCCCCUGCGUUCUCAUGAUGUGUCGUAACCAUCAUGGAAACAUCGUAGGAUCUCAUGGCUGCUUGAAAUCUGGGAGAAAAAAAACGGAAGAUAAAAUAUCCCUCAGUUUCUGCUGGCCUUGCAGGAAGAGACAGACGUGACUGCAUUUGAAAUUCAUUGAGUUCCCACUUUGGUGUGAAUGUCACACGAAAUUCCAGUCAUGGGUGUUGCAAAUUGUGGAUUUGCAAUUCUCUCAAGGAGCUACUGUGGCAAUGUAAUGGCCCUAGAUGAUGACAUGCAUGAGGAUGGUUGAGAAAUGGGAGAAUUUAAUUUUUUUCUUUCCCCGAUUAUAAAACGCAAAGACAGGAAGUGGGCACUUCGGGGAUUUACACACAGCAAUAGUUUGAAUAUUUUUCUGACAUCGAAUGGGUCAUAUUAAGUUGAUUCAAAGGUUACUCCGAGGAACCAAAAUUUGAAAAUGUUGUAAUACAUCUUUUAAAUCUAAUUCAGAUUAUUACAUUCAAAUAAUUUUGUUGAAAGCACAGUCAUUAGUUUCCUGAUUUAACGAGGUAUUUCUUAGGACAAAGCAAAUUUGGGGGGAAAAAUUAGUGGUAAAGACCAAUAAAAGAGAAUAUUUUGAGAUACAUGUUGCCAAAAAAUUCUGAUGAAACAUUUGAUUCCACUUCUUUUCCCUUGAAAUAGAGAAUGAAAAGUAAACGAAAUUUUGGUCAAUUAUAUUUGUGGUGAUUGAUGCACGUAAAUUAUCUUUGGUUUGUAUAUUGUUUUGUUUAGAGUGUAUUCUUUAUGAAAAGAAUUUAUGAAAGGUAUUCAUUUUUUUUUUUUUUACAUUUUCCUUUUAAAAAUAUUGGCCAUAAAAGACCCUGAAAAAUCUAGCCUAGUCCUGAUUUACAUCAGGGUAAGAAAGUUGAUCGCCAUAAAAUGGUUUUUAAAUUUUAAUUCUUUCAAGAACAUUUUUCUUAGUCAGAAUUUGCUAGUAUGCAAAUUUUCUAAUAUGCAAAUUAGAUGCUUUGAGAGACUUAUAUGCUGAGUAUAGGUUUGUGAUUGGUCACUUUAAGGACCGAGAUGAAGUUGAUUGGCCAUUGUCUGGUUGCUUGGCGUUUUCAUAAACAAUGGCAAAGUUCCUGAUUGGUGCACGGUGGAGAUGAGAUGGACUUGAUUGGCCAAUGUUAAGUGUCUUAUACAUGAAUGGAGUGUCAGUAAAUACUUGUCUGUGAUUGGUUCUUUUGCAUUGUACUGAAGGCAGGUGAUUGGCUAAUGCUUACGUGUGAGCACAGAAUCCCGGACAGUGAUUGGCUGGUUUAAAGACUGUCACAAACUGACAGAAGCUGCUAGAUUUGGGGUCGUCAAAGUUGUCAAGUGGAGCUGUGAAUGUUUGCAAGUCCAAAAAAAUGGACGUGGAGUUCUCCUGUUCCUAUUGAAAUUUGUCCACAGUUUUCAUUUAAUUGCAAACCCUAAGCUGAAUUUCCAGCUUUUCACUACCAAUAAUAUUUUUCUUGAAUUGAACUUUCUUCUCCCGGAAACACCAGCAACAAAACAACUGUUGUUGGAGAUUGCAGAUUGAAGUGCCCAGUAUUUAUGGAUAUUUAUUCGCCUUCAGAGUAUCUUCGUUGAGUUCUCAUGUUGUUAUCCUUGUGGAUACACAUGCGUGAGAUGAGAAAAAGUGUGUCGUCAGAGCAACUUUCUCAUCGUUAAAAUGUUUUGGUACUGUUUUAAGUGCUGGACUUUCUUGAAAAAAACACCUUAAUAACCAGAUCUUUCUCUGCAAAGAAGAUGUUUUCAUUUGACGUAUCUGCUGCUUAACAAUGCUAGGCUCACUAUAGAUAAAAAAAAUAGUAAUGGCCUUGCAUUCCCUGUUUUAGUUUGUCCAACAAUUAAGUUUCUCACAAUUUUUCCUUUUUUGGAUUUUUUCCUGAUUUCACGCCCUCGUUUUACUUUCUUAUUUGUAAAUAUUUAUAAAUACCAUUACCGCUGCACAAGAAUUUAUGCCGAAGGAAAACAAUACAAUUAGAAAAUACUUACAAUAAAAUGCCUUAAACAGCAGUGCUUAAUGUAGUAAGCGUUUAUCUCUGCAGUCAGUUUACUUCAUUGUUAUAUUGAUAUUGAUCUACUUUUUUGGUUCAUUUUCCCUUCUAUUUCAGGUUUUUUUUUAAAUUUCAAGGAGCAGUUUCCUACUUUUGGCCUGAUUGUUUUAGUUGUCGAUAUCUUAAGUAGUUGUGCAAAUUAUGCAAAUGAAGGUGUUUUUCUUUCUAAUUCUGUAAAUAAUAGCAAGAGGAAUAGCGCAGCCUUGUUACUUUUAAUUCUCCUUUGGAAGACAAAUUUUAUUUUUGAUGUAAAUCAAUAUUUUCAAGUUGUUUUUUUUUCUUCUUCAUUUGCGCAUUUCGCGAAUACUAAUCAUUUCAAUGGUAGGGCUGGAUUUUGGUCAAAUAAUUUUUUUGGCAUUUGCUGAUUGGUUUCGUUAAAAAGAAUGUAAAAAAAAAGAGGGAAAAAAAGAGAAAAAUACAAAAAAAAAUAGCAAGAAAGAAGCAAAAAUGGUGCUUUGUUUCUAAAAGUCUCAUAUUUCUAGGGCUGCGUGAACUUUUAGUUCACAAAAAAAUGUUAAUUUGCAAAGAGAAUUAGUUAAUUUUCACAGAAUUUAUCUAUCAGUUUUUUGGAAUAUUUGCCUUAAACUGGUCCUAGCAAGACAUUAAUUUUCUGAAAAGAGCCUGGUUAGGAAGUUGAAGCCCAUCCCUGCAAUGUAGAAUAUUAAAAGUAUUUCACCCAAAACCUCAAAUUAUUUCACCCAAUUCAGUUUAACUUGAUACAAAACACCAGGUAAUAGCAUUCCUGAUAUUGCUCAAUUUCAGUUCGUUGAUUUCUUAGAAGGUUGCCUAACAUUGAGGCCUCUUUUAUUAUGUUUUGGUCUUGAUAAAAAAAGUGUUAAAAUGAUAAAAUAUUUAAAUUAAAGUAGACUGCUUUUAUUAUGUUAAUCCCACUUGAAAUCACAACUUUAUGUAAAAUUAAAAACCUUUUGCUUAAAUUCCUGAUUUAUUGAUUCUAAAGAUUGCUUUGUUUUAUGGAAGCCAUAUUUUUUUUUCUUAACCAAAUGUGAAAUGCAUUGAAAGUCUCUUAAGGGAUUUUUUGAGCAUGAUGCUUCGUAUGUACAACCAAAAAUUUGUAUUGCCAUGAAAAUUGACAAUGGCAAGUUUAUGUUGCGAUUCUUUAAAAAUAGCAAUGGGUGUGGCAUUUGUGUCCAAAAGGGCGUACACCUUUUUGCAUCUUUUGCCUUUCUGUUGUAUAGGAAAGCAGAGAAUACCAUAUUGAUUACAAUUUUCCACACUUAAUAUUCGUAGGUGUGGAUGAUAACACGUAUGGCCUUAUGGAAGUAUCGACUUGCACAAAGUCGAAAAAGACUUGUAAUUGUCGUUAUCUCAGGGCUAAAUGUUGUGUGUCCAGACUGGCUUUUAAAACGAAUUCAUAAAUACCUGAGAUAGUUUACCGAUUCCUAUUGGUCAAGAGCAUGUCAUGUGGUAGCCUUUAGUCUUUUUUGGUGCCCGCAUCCGGGGCGCCGUGUGUCCGGGUAGCCACGCCUGCCUUGACUAAAGGCUAGUCUCGUGGGUGGUUUUAGACCACUGGUAAAACACCGCUGCAUUCUGCGCCACAUCGCACAGUACGUGCGCACACGCCAAUUGCCAUAUAAGGAGAUUUUAGCACUCACGGGCGCGAGGCACAUACCAGAGGGUUGUUUCACAAAACAUGAAGUAAAAGUGUUGCCCAAAAUGGUUGGAAAUUGGGAUUUCUUUUUAGUUGUUUUGACUUUUUGACCGAAAGAUAUUUAUGAAUGGGAAUAAAUAUGUGCUUGGUUGGUAUUAAACAAGUACUUUUGAAACCAGCUAGGAGCCUGGUCGCGGAUAAUGACCCUUGCCUUUGGCUGGGGCCAUUAUCCGCAUCAAUGCACCUAGCCGGUUUUUAACGAUGUAGAUGAUGCAUUUAAAUGUAGCGAUGAUCCCUGUGACUUUACUGAAACUUGAUUUUUUUUUUUCUCCGUUGUGGGUAAUUUUUGCCAAGUCGCACCAAACCAGUGCAUGUGUUGUAUGCACUAUUUUCGCAGUUUAUGCUGUGUGUUUUCAAUUUUUAAAACCAGAUUGGUUCGUCUUGAUCUGAUUUUGGUGUUAUUGAUCGAAAAAGGGUACAUCAUAUUGGAUAUGAUUAUCUGAGAAAAGAAAGCUAUGAAGUCUUGUAUAUAUUAUUAUACAGCAGUAAUACAGUAGUUAUUAGUAGAAAAAAAAUGUGUUCCUCUUAUUUGGAAGUAUUUAGAACGGUAGCAUUUUCAUUUCUUUUUUGGUGUUUUCUGCAGUGACAUUUAUCCUAAAUAUCUUUUAAAAUUUUAGUAAUAUUAAAAAAAACAGGAGAUUGUGUUGAUAAGGAAUUCUGCGAUAAAAGAUUGGAUGGAAAUUUUGCCCGUUUGGUUUUUUUCCUCUGUACAAAUUUACCUGAACGAUUUUAGUUCACCUGAAAAAAAAAAAUAUGGAGAAUUUAACAAUCCCAAGAUUACUGUGUAUGUCAAUAAUUCACUAGCAAGUAUAAUAAAACAUUAAUUUUGAUGAAUCGAGA